AUGACGUGGCUGGACGACAUCCAUGUCAAGAGCGGAAUCUCCCAGGAGACACGGAGCAGAACCCUCAGUAGCAUGAUAGCUCAAGGCAUCUCAGGGCUCAUGCGACCCUUGCUAAGUGGACUGAAUGCGAGCAAAAUUCGCUUUAUUUACCUCUGUGGGGUGCCUGAGCAGCAUCACACGCCAGCUAAACAGGGGUCAGAAAGAGGGUUCAGCUCCACGCACAGGCUCCAGGAUGCCCCUGGGGAAUCGCGCCCUGCAGACCAGGUGACGGUGCAUUUUAUAAAUCGGGAUGGAGAGCGACUUACAGCCACAGCCAAGGAAGGGGAGAGUUUGCUGGAAGUGGUAGUCAAUCAAAACUUGGCCAUCGAUGGAUUUGGUGCAUGUGAAGGGACAUUGGCCUGCUCCACUUGUCACCUCAUCUUUGAGAAGGACACCUUCCAAAAGCUGGAUGCCAUCUCAGAUGAAGAGCUGGACAUGCUGGACUUGGCGUACGGACUCACUGAGACAUCUCGCCUUGGCUGCCAGGUAUGCAUUAAGAAGUGGAUGGAUGGUCUGACAGUGCGGGUCCCCAUGGAUGUGUCGGACAUCAGGAGGCAGCUGGAGGUUGGAAAGCAAAGCAAACAGUAA